CGUCGAUUCGAUAAUUGCAAGGAUUUCCCCUUGCCUGUCUGCUUGAAUACAACAGGCAAAGUGGUCCCUGGGUCCGCCCCCAUGUCUAUAAAAGGUUCGGAGUGAAGGUUUGAGCAGCUCUGGUCUCGCAAAUUCCGUGUGCUAAAUAGGUUGGGAAACCGCAGUCAGGUUGCCUGCAAGUGUGCUCGAAAACCUGACAGAAAGAAACAUGGCCGCCUCCCAAGAAAACGAAGCGCUCCUCUCAACGGACACGGCAGAACCCGCAUCAGACAUCCCUUCAUCACCCAGAACAGCGUCCUCUCGUAGAUCACACCCCAAGCAUACGUUACCAUCGCAUGUCUCCCGCCGCGUUCUCGUAAUCUCCAUCCUCCUUACGGCUGUCCUUACCACCUUGACUUGUAUCACAACCCUCUCCCAGUCGCCAACUAUCGCUAGGUGGAUCAGCCUCCCAGAACCGCUUACGGAUCCUGCCAAGCAAGAGCCGGAUCAUGCAUUCCGAAAUGGGAAUUGGACGCCGGUGGAUGUGGGACCGCGGUUACAGUAUCAGAAGGUGUACAAAACAUGCCCAUUGCUGGAUCAGCAGGAUCGAUGUGACGACGAGCAGUACGAAAGAUUGCUUGGUUGGAAAUGGAGUGGAGGGGAUGAUACGAGUCUGGCAACGCUGGAAGAAACCUCGUACAUAGAAGAGGACGAGCAGGCGGCGUCAACUGAGCCAACCACUGACGCCACCGAGGAUCAGACAAAGACUUUGGAAGAAGCCGACUCCAAAAACGAAGAAGAGAAACAUAAGCGAACGAAUCGCGUUGAACGGAGGAGUAGACGCCAGCUUCGGUUCGAGCGGCGAGACUCUCCGGUCUCCAUCCCACCCACAGCGCCCAAAACACGGCGACUGGACCCACUGCAUGUGCUGGAGAAGUGCCUGACAAACAAAACACUUGGCAUCUCUGGCGACUCCCUCUCACGCCAGUUCUUCCACGCCCUAGCAUGCACUUUUCAUGGGCACGGAGCGAAAUUGACGAUCACCCAUGUGCCGGACACCAAGUAUCUCGUGCAGAUCAAUGUUGAGCAUCCCAAGGCGAAGAAGAAUCACGCGAGAAGUGGGAAGCCGCUGAGAAUACUCUGGACGGGGAACCAGCUGAACCCAUACUUGAUGGCGUAUACGGCCAGCAGACCGCGCCCGGUUAUUAGCACCACCGAACUGCAUCCAAGCUUGAUGGAGCUUGUGAACCAUGUGAAGAAGGAUGCAAAGGAUGGGAACGCCGAAUUGGACCACCUGGUGCUAAACACCGGUUUAUGGCUGGACCCAUCGUCAUUCCAAUCCGACUCGAAAGACUUCAUCCAGACCUACGCAGAUACCAUCACCAGCGCCAUACAUUCGCUGAACGAGGCGUUCUCGUUCAAGCAGAACGACGGGGCUGCAAGCGCGGGGUCAACAAGUUCAUGCACGACGAAAAUAUGGCUUCGCACCUCGCCUUUCCGGCAUUACCGCCACGGCGACUACAACACUAACGGCCGCUGCGAAGCCAAACGACCCCAGUUCCCAUCAUCACCGCUGACAUACUACUACGGCGCUUACGCCGAGACAAUGCAGAAUGAAAUCCUCAAGGAUGUUCUCAAGGCGAAGACGCGGAUCAGUGACAUUCAAGCGAAGAGCAGCAACUACGCAAGUCCAGUAUUCGACUUGUUGGAUAUCACAGAGAUCUCGAAAGCGAGGGAGGAUGCACAUCGCAGUACAAAGGAUUGCUCGCACUAUUGCCUGCCUGGAGUGGUGGAUGUGUGGGUAGACGUAUGGCUCAGGAGGAUUUGGGAUGAGUGUGUCGGCAAUGACCGGGACCAUUGACACGAUGUGGCAACUGCAGGAGUCUCCUGCUGUAUGUAGACCGAAUUUUCGCUGAGUGACGUUGAAAACAGU